AUGGCGUCAGUUCAACACCUGAGAGACUUCAUCCGGGACCGACUGACCGCGGCCGCCGAGGACAUCUUCUCGGAGUUUGAGAAGUCCAUCCUGCAGUAUGAGAAGAAGCAGGAGCACCAGCGCAGACUGCGGGAGAUCACCUGGAGCCCAGUCGUCAAGCUCCACGUGACAGAUAUUCCACAGCAACAUUCCUGCAAUCAGGAGGAGCGUCUCACUGCACAGCAGCUCUGGAACCAGGAGAGGAACUCCAGCCCAGAGCAGGAGAACCCAGAGUCUCCACAGAUUAAAGAGGAACAGCAGGAACUCUGCAGCAGUCAGCAGGGACAGCAGGCUGUACAGAAGCAGGCGACUGAUACGGUUACAGUGACAGUGAUUCAUGAGGAAAGCGACCACAGUGAUCCAGAACCAGCCGGUGACCAGCUCCUCUCUCACAGUUCUGAUACCGUCGUGUUUGUUGAAUCCAAAGCCAAAGAAAUAUUAGAGGUUAUUAAUAAGUGUGUCCAGGAUGAGGCAGAGAUCGACCAUCAGCGCAGAGUUCUCGAUCGCACCUGGAACCCCGUAGUAAAGCUCUACAGGACAGAUCUUCCACAGCAACAUGUCUGUAAGCUGAAGGAGGUUCUCGCCGACCAGCAGCUCUGUAACCAGGAGAGGAACUCCAGCCCAGAGCAGGAGAACCCAGAGUCUCCACAGAUUAAAGAGGAACAGCAGGAACUCUGCAGCAGUCAGCAGGGACAACAGGCUGUACAGACACAGACUGGUUUGUGUCCUCCUGCUCCUGUGGAACCAAUCGUGGCCCCUCUUAACGUCUCUGCCCUCAGUGCAGAUUCUUAUUUGACUCUCAAAACAGUGACCUUCACAGGUAAAAAGCUGUAUCCCUGCAACACCUGCGGCAAAACAUUUACCACCAUGUUCUCAUUUAAAAGGCAUAGCACCAUUCACACAGGUGAGCAGCCACACCUUUGUACAACCUGUGGGAGACGCUUUCGCCAAAUCUAUCCUUUGACUGUUCACAUGAGAACUCACAGGGGUGAGCUGCCGUACGUUUGUAACACCUGUGGGAAAGUAUUUAAAUAGAAGGUCCAGAAGACCAUGCAAGGGCACACAGGUGAGAGGCCACACCUUUGCAGCACCU